GUGGUUUCCCAGCGGCAGUCAUAUGACCGUCUGAGUCCCAGAGUCACAUGACUGAGCAGGAAUUAGACAGGAGGGUUUACACGGGUGCGGAGAUUACGGCUAUAUACUUUCUGGAAACAGAUUGAAAUGAGUUUCCUUGGUGGAUUAUUUGGUCCCGUGUGUGAAAUAGAUGUCAUCCUCAAUGAUGCGGAAACCAGGAAGAUGGCAGAGCUCAAGACUGAAGAAGGGAAAAUGGAAAAGCACUUUCUGUUUUAUGAUGGAGAGUCCGUUUCUGGGAAGGUGAACCUCACUGUGAAGCAGUCUGGGAAGAGACUAGAGCACCAGGGUAUCCGAAUCGAGUUUGUGGGCCAAAUUGAGCUAUUCAGUGAUAAGAGCAACACACACGAGUUUGUGAACCUGGUGAAGGAGUUGGCUUUGCCAGGAGAGCUGACGCAUGACCGCAGCUACGACUUUGAGUUCAUGCAGGUGGAGAAGCCGUACGAGUCAUAUGUGGGAGCCAAUGUUCGAUUGAGGUACUUCCUCAAAGUCACGAUAGUUAGAAGACUAUCAGACCUAGUGAAGGAGUAUGACCUCAUCGUCCAUCAGCUGGCCACAUACCCUGAUGUCAACAACUCCAUCAAGAUGGAAGUGGGCAUUGAAGACUGCCUGCACAUAGAGUUUGAAUAUAACAAGUCCAAAUACCAUUUGAAAGAUGUCAUUGUGGGCAAGAUUUACUUCCUAUUGGUCAGAAUCAAAAUCCAGCACAUGGAACUUCAGUUAAUCAAAAAGGAGAUGACUGGAAUAGGACCAAGUACUACAACUGAAACCGAGACUGUGGCAAAGUACGAGAUUAUGGAUGGAGCUCCGGUCAAAGGGGAGUCCAUUCCAAUCCGGCUGUUCCUGGCAGGCUAUGACCUUACUGCCACCAUGAGGGAUGUCAAUAAGAAGUUCUCUGUCCGCUACUUCCUCAACCUGGUGCUGGUGGACGAGGAGGAUAGGAGAUAUUUCAAACAGCAGGAGAUUGUUUUGUGGAGAAAGGCCCCAGAGAAACUAAGAAAACGCAACUUCCAUCAGCGCUAUGAGCCUUCAGAACCAAGACCAAACCUCCCUGGGGAAGAGCCUGAGAUGUGAAUGGACCAGAGCAGGAGAAGUCACUGUGGGCAGGGACUGCAGAGCAAAUAAUUUGAAUGAAGGCAAGUUGUUACAAGAGGAACAUACAGGAAGAAUGUGGCAGUGGAAUUCUGGGGAAUCUUAUCGAGCUCAGACUGGAAGGAUCUGUCACAAGCAGACCAACAACUUAAAAACCCACUUCAAAUUAACUUGAUUAAUUGAUAAAUAUUUAAUUUUGUCUUCUGUGUACACCAUGCUGUUUGUAGAAUUAUGAAUGGGAACUUAAUUCCUUCUGAUUUAUUUGUGCCAAUGUUAAGAAAAAUAUGAUUAAUUUUCGAGCAUAGUACUGCUCUAGUGCCCAGAGAAGACUUUACAGAAUGAAUUCCUUUGUGUAAUGUGGUCUUAAUUACUUAUGGCCACACAGGGACAAUCUUCAUUCCUUUUUCAUUGUAUGUAAGUGCCUGCAAGGAACUGAUGAAACGGUUAUGCCAAAUAUUCUGCUGGCUACGUGCAUGUCCACCCCAUUUUUACAGUCAUUAAAACAAUGUGAAAUCAGUGACAUUGAACAUUGUACAUAGCAUUUAUCCAUAAAUGUAUUCACCUGUGCACAAUAAACUUCAAAUUUAUACUGA